CAUCGACUACCCCCUCGUUACUUGAAUUUUAGCUGCAACUGAUGACAGGAAGUCAUAAAUAGGAUCAUAGUACCAGACAGUACACCAAGAGAAAAACCUUUGUUUCCCUGUUAAUUGCUUGACAAGCUAAUAAUUUUCUCAUUCAUUGCGGAGAACAAGUGAGAAUGUGGUGGCUGAACUUUAAGUAGGAGGAGCUGUUUCUGAGGAAUAUUUUCUGACCUGCAGGGAUAGAAGCGAAGUUUCUGUGGAAUGUGUCUACUCUUCGGCCACAGCACACAGCUCUGAAAAGGACCACAGGUGAACUUCUUAUCCGGACUGCAGCUAAAAAUGGAGGACUCAAUGACAAACGCAUCGAAAAACGAAACGUGUGUUGACAUCAGAGCCAGUCCUGUCAGCGACUUUCUGAUGGCUGUUUACAUCCUGACUUUUAUUUUUGGCUUGACUUUUAACUUGCUGACUUUGUAUCCUAUAUGGAUGCAAGUAAAGCAGCAGAACGUUUUAGGAAUUUUCCUGCUCAACCUAUCUAUAUCUGACUUGCUUUUCAUCUUCACCAUGCCCCUUUGGAUAAAUUAUUACUACAAAGACCAUCAUUGGGAACUAGGUGUGGUAUCAUGCAGUGUAGCAGGGUUCUUUUACUACUCAAACAUGUACAUCAGCAUCUAUUUACUGUGUUGCAUCUCUGUGGACCGCUGCCUGGUGGUCUCUUACCCACUCCGCUUCAGACGCCACCGUACAUCUCGAUAUGCAUGGAUCCAGUGUGCCACAGUUUAUAUUGUAGUUGCGGUUUUGCACAUAUUGAUUCUGUAUUAUGACAAUGCAAAAGAUGCCCAUGAUGACAGAAACAAUGAGGACCGAUGUUAUGAGACUUACCCAAUGGAGCAUUCUGUUGCCGUGUUUAAUUUGAUCAGAGUGGGAUUGGGCUUCAUGCUGCCACUGGUGGUGUUGACAGUGAGCUACUGGAGGAUUCUUGCCAUGGUGGGAAAGAGUCCUGGCCUGAAUGCUCAAAGCAAGAGAAAGGUUCGCCAGCUGUCCUUUGGUGUGAUAGGUAUCUUCUCGUUUUGUUUUGCUCCUUAUCACAUCCUCCUCUUUGUACGCGCACUUGUCUUCUUCAACUACAAUGACACAAAAUCAGGGGGACCUUACUGCAUGUUCGAAAGUGACGCACAUUUCACCUUUUCAUGCACACUGGCUCUGUCCAGUCUGAACAGCUUGGUGGAUCCAGUUCUGUAUGUUUUGGUCAGUAAUGGAGUGAAAGAUCAACUGAAACUGUGCUGGGGAAAGAGAGAACAGACUGGAACAGAGGAGCAUAAACUGACUUCACAUAGAAGGGGAAAGCAUCACGUUGGUGAUUUGAUAUAAAAAAUUAACUGUAAUUGUUUGUAUUCUGUAUAAUUUAUUUGUAUGUAUAUACAGUAUGUUUGCCCAAAUGGACUUAAAUAUUUCCACUUUUAAUGUGAUAUAUGAACUUGUACAAUUCAGCUGACAAACACAAACUUGAAAAGAGGGAUUUAUAAGAGAAUGAAUGAAUUGCACUAGAACCAGUUGCAUAAGUGUGCACAGACCUUUAAAAUUCUAUCUUCUAUUUAAUCCACCAUUUGGUCCAAUUUUCCACAUGUAGGGCCUGAUAUUCAGAAGGUUUGCACAUCUUAAAACUUGUGCACACAUGAGAUUAUUCAAAGAAAGAGCAAAUUGAUCUGUGCAACCCCUUUUUUUUGCACGUGUGGCUUCAUCAAGCCUUAGUAAGUUAGGGCAAAGAAUGUAUUCUUAGAGAUUAUUUUAUUUAAUGUUUUAUAUGUUUUCCCAGGUACAUUUUAUAAUUUUAAGUUGAAAUGAAAAAGUUCAAAUUAAAAUUGAAUCAAAAUCAAAGGUGGAACACAUUUCAAAAUAUCUCCUCUUCAUUUUAUUAUCUUAGGUCACAAAAAGCUGAAAUUGUUAGUGUGUAACGAGGUUUUACACUUAUGCGGUAAUGCCUUGCAAAGAGAUAACAGCUGACAAACAUAUUUACCGUCAAAUGUCAUCCGUGUCUUAAAUAAUAGAUGUAGAAAUUCAAAGACCUGUGUAUGUCUGUUUUUUCCCCUCUAGUUCUCAUCUUUCAAGAGAAAGAUGAGUUUGGCAAUUGCAUUUUAGUCGUGUGGUUUUAUUGCUCUCAUGGCUUCUCUAAGAGGCAGAGACUUUCUGAAUGUUGUUACACUUAGAUGGAACUAGUCUGUUUACCUUAUUCAUUCUGUCUAGAAUAUAAUAAUUUUUGAUAUGUAAAGAAAGUAACUAUGCAAUCUAGCAUGCAAUCUCCAUCAAAAUUAAGCAGCAACAAACUGAAACCCGUUAGAAAUAAAAUAAACCACUGGUUUGACCUAGUGGCCUGUAUCUAUGUUCCUUUUUUUCGCAGCUGGUAUAUUAAUUUCUAGAUGAAGGGGACAACAUCGAAAAGGCCGUAUUUCUGAGUAUGUAGUCAUUAUCUUUGCACAUAGAGGUAAUCAUAAAUGCAGCACAGCUGUGUCGCUGUGUGCUGCACAUUUGUCAAGUGGGCGAAGAGUGUAAUCAUGAAGCAUGUGUGCAUAUGGGUGUGAAUAGAGGAUGAUUUUAUUCUCAUUUGAACUGAUCAUUUCAAAAAAGGAGGAUG